AUGCAGCGGGGGGGAGCAGAGAACCCCGGCCUUCGGGACAGCGCCAGUCCAGAGGAGAGAGGGGAGAGCCCCACCUCCAGCUGCCCCCCGCCGUGCAAGUUGAGCCGCGUGGAUAUCAACGGCAGCCCAGCAAACCCACAGACCCGGCAGAACGGCACACAGCUGAGACCACUGGGAGGUCUGAUGAUCCCGGUCUACUGUGUGGUCGAGCAUGCAGACGUGGGCGUGGCUGGCGACUGUGAGGGGCGCGGCGACCGUCACGCUGAGUUUGUCUUGGUUCGGAAGGACGUCCUGUUCACACAGCUGGUGGAGACGGCACUGGUCGCCCUCGGUUACUCGCACACCUCCGCUGUACAGGCACGUGGCAUCAUCAAAGUGGGCCGCUGGAAGCCGAUGCCCAUCCACUACCUAACAGACGCACCAGAGGCAACAGUGGCUGACAUGCUGCUGGAUGUUUACCACAUGGUCACACUGCGGAUCCUGCUGCACAGCUUCGCUCGGCUGGAGGAGCUGCCAUCAGAGCAGUGGACCCACGCCACGGUGAGGAACGCCCUCAAAGAGCUGCUCAGAGAGACCAACCAGAGCGCUCUGGCCAAGGAGUGUCCUCUCUCCCAGAGUAUGAUCUCAGCAAUAGUGAACAGUUCCUACUACGCCAACGUCUCCACCUCAAAAUGCCAAGAGUUUGGACGCUGGUAUAAGAGGUACAAACGCAUCAAAGGUGAAUACAUUGAGAAGAUGUGGUCAGCACAGGAGAAAUCAGACAUAAAAGUGGAGAGGGAUUUGGACCUGAGCGUCAUCAGCCAGCGUCCUCCCUCUCUCUUACCCUCACCCACCCAUUUGGGCACCAUUGGUGGCUCUGGAGCUCUUCCCAUCAAGAGUGGCCUCGGGGACACCCAGACCCCCACCCAGCCUCACUGCCUGCCCCAUCCCGCAGGCCAGCACCACCCCAGUCCUCCACUGCGUCCCCAGGCCCCACCGCUCCUGGGCCACAGCGGUCUCCUGCCCCCCCAGCUCUCCCCUCAGCUCGUCCGUCAGCAGCUUGCCAUGGCCCACCUCAUCAACCAGCAGCUGGCCGUCAGCCGACUGUUCGCCCACCAGCACCCACAGGGAGUCAACCAGCAGUUCCUCAACCACCCGCCCAUCUCAAGGACCUGCAAGGGCUCCGGGGCCGCUACUGAGCCCGGCCUCAACUGCUCGGGGGCCGAAGUGUCCUCUGACAUUUACCAGCAGGUCAGGAACGAGCUGAAGAGGGCCAGCGUGUCCCAGGCAGUGUUUGCCCGCGUGGCUUUUAACCGCACGCAGGGCCUGCUGUCAGAGAUCCUUCGUAAGGAGGAGGAUCCUCGCUCUGCCUCUCAGUCGCUGCUGGUCAACCUGAAGGCCAUGCAGAACUUCCUCAACCUGCCAGAGGGCGAGCGAGACCGCAUCUACCAGGAGGAGAGAGAGAGGAGCACCAACACCAACCACAACCACACCACCAACCACAUCUCCAACGCCAACACGCACAGACACACACAGUGCGGCGUGUCGGGUGCAGAGCUGCCGCUGAAGCUGGACUCUCUGGUGAACAUCACGUCAGGGAUCUACGAGGAGAUCCAGCAGGAGAUGAAGAGGGCGAAGGUCUCCCAGGCUCUGUUCGCCAAGGUGGCCGCCAAUAAAAGUCAGGGUUGGCUGUGUGAGCUGCUCAGGUGGAAAGAGAGCCCGAGCCCUGAUAACCGCACACUGUGGGAAAACCUGUGCACCAUCAGGAGGUUCCUGGCUUUACCGCAGGCCGACCGAGACCAGGUCUAUGAAGACGAGUCGAGGCAGCAGCACAGCGACCGGGUCCACACCGUCCUCCACAUCCCAGAACAGCAGGCACUCCACAGACAGCCCCUGCCACCUCUGACAUCCCCAUCUCCGAUUCAUGAAGACCCACAGCCGGUUCCCCUGCUGGUGUUGCAUGCCUCAGAGGACGGGUCCCAGCGUGGGAUGAGCCCUGGCCCUGGAGGCGGAGGACCAAAGAAAGCCCGUUCACGGACACGGAUUUCCCUGGAGGCCCUGGGAAUCCUGCAGAGCUUCAUUGGCGACGUGGGCCUCUACCCCGACCAGGAGGCCAUCCACACCCUGUCAGCCCAGCUGGACCUGCCCAAACACACCAUUGUCAAGUUCUUCCAGAACCAGCGCUACAACGUCAAGCACCACAACCAGGCCAGAGACUCCGUCCCUGAGGAGGACGACAGGGAGAGCUCGAGUCCCAGCGAGGGAGGCAUCGGCACAGGGGAGAGCCGAGGGGAGGAGGGGCUCUCUGCAUGUGAGGAGUCAAGUGAGGAUGGGAGAGGAUCAGUGGAGGUGUUCAGAACAGAGGGAGGAGAGAAAGGAGAGGAAAGAGAGGUGGACAUGGAGGUAGAGAAGGAAGAGGUGGAUGAUGGGAAAGCCUCAGGGCCAGCAACUUCCUCUCUGUCCCCAUACAGCAGUCUGGACAGCCCCCACUCUGCGGAGCAGCAGAGAUAACAGCAGAGAAAGGAGACGGAGGAACCAGAGAGA